CACUGUACAACUUUCGAUGUCAACCCGUAUAUUACCCACCUUCUAAUGUGCAAGGAUGGCACGCUGUGCUAAACUCAGCUGCGAGCCACGAAGCGUGGUCAAAGCCACCACUGACAUCGCAGGUCCAGGAGUCCUCUUCGCAUAUUUAGCAUCAGCAAUUCUCGCAAUCCUGGCUAUUGUGUAUGGCUAUCUGUCUGACUCUUUACCAGAGUCGUACCUCAACGAGACAGAUAGAGCGGUCAUUGAUAGCUUCCAGUCAUGUCUACCCUCAGAGAGGAACAUGGCUCGCGUGCGAGCUGCAUACGAAGCGAUCAAGUCCUUCAUGCUCUUCGGUAGGAAACCAACCCCACACCGUCGACUCACCCGAAGACAACGUGAAGAAGUCAUCAAGCGGUUCAUACUUGCGUUAAGCGAUCAACAACUCGCCACCGGUCUUGCCAUUCUUGUUGCAGCUGUUGCAAACCAAUGCACUCUGACAGUAUGGGAAUUCGAGCUCGCAUUUUCCCUGGCUUGGUUUUCAUCCACUACCCACUUGGCGACCCUAGAUUGCUUGCGAGAGUACUUCCUACAACAUGGUGCCGUUCGCAACUGGCGUGUCUUUGGCAUGUUAUCACUGCUCAUGUUGCUGUCGUACUCACUGAUCAUGAGUAUGGCUUCUAACGAUGAGACUAUACCUUUGCAGUGCACGUUCUACUUCUUCGGCGAGAAGGGCUUAUACCAAGCAGUACCUUUGGACAUAUUCGACAUUCUCUCUGCCGCUCUGACUCUUGUGCUGUUGACUUGGCAGUAUUUGGUGCGCAUACGAUGGUCCUACAAGAGGGCUGACGGAAAACCCACCUUUUUCGAACGUGCAAUGUUCACAGCGCGCACACGGCAAUACCGAUCAACCUUUAGGCCAAGCAAAAAUGAUAUCGAAUACAUCAUCGAGGAGGCCGUCAGCGAGCGGAUGUCAUACAGACGGCGACGGAGCCUUGAACAAAUCAGAAACAGCAGAGGCUUACGACGUCACUGGCUCAUUGCGUAUCGUGCCUCUGAAAGCUACAGUCAAUCCUUCUUGUCCCUGGCUCCUAUGCUCACUUUCAUGAUUGCUUUUGGCUUCACACAGCUGUACUUGGUUCGCUGGCAAUCGAACGUACCUCUAGAUAUUGAUACAGCUAUGGGCAUUGGCCAAAUUACCCCUUUAUUCCUAUUGGGGUUGCCUGUGUUAGUCGCUGCGGAAAUCUACUAUGAGGUCCAAGAUACAAGCGAGACCGUACAGUCAGAAGAGCUCGUCAGGGAGAACGCAGAGUCAGCCACUGCUAGAUACGAGCGUCUUCGGCGUACUUCUGCUCCUGGAAGAUUCGCCCUACGGGCAAACUUCCGCCGUGCCUACGAAUCAAUUGACAUUCGCGAUCUCGAGCAACCGGGUCGAGGUCAUAGUGCUGAAGACUACGAAACUCUUUUACCUGCCAUUCAGCGUUUCUUCUAUCUCGAAACCAAGCUUGUCGAGGAAAAAGAUAUCGCACUGCGAGCCAAAGCAUCUGGCAGCGAGACUGAGAAGUCGUUGUUCGGCCUCAAAGCUCAUGUUGUUGCGUCAUAUCAUCUCCUCAAUGCGCAAGAGACUGCGCUGAAAGUUACGACGCUCUUUUCACUCGUGGAGUAUACUGUCUGCAGCGUCGUUUCCGCCGCACUGGGCAUAUUGGUCUACGUGCAGGGGUCGAGCGAGUGGACUACAAUUACUAGUAUUGUUCUGUUUGGACUUUGUCUUGUGUACAAGUUCUUUGAUUACGUAUCGUAUGUCCCUGAAGCAUGGUUUGAGGUCAGCGAAGUGGAUUACAAGAGAUGGCUGAAGGAGGCCAGAGAGUGUAGGCUGGGCAUCGAGCACAGUGGUGAGACAACAGUAGAUUCACCGGCUGACUAAUGAGCACGUUCUACCGUUGGUGAAUUUAAAACUGUCAGACUGGAGCAUCUAGCGAC